CAAGCCGCCGCUGGCCCUGCACCUGGUGAAGCAACUGCUGCCUCUGCACCUGCUGACACCGCUCCUGUCUCUACGCCCACCGGCGCCGCUGCUGCCUCUGCACCCGCGGAUGCCGCUAUAGCUUCUUCGCCAGCAGAACUCGCUGCAGGCUCUACCUUCGCUGACGCCGCGUCUGUCUCUGCACCCGCCGACCCUGCUGCUACCUCUGCACCCGCUGACCCUGCUGCUGCUUCUGCACCUGCGGAUGUGGUGGUUCCCUCUUCAGCAGCUGAAGCCUCUGUAGCUUCAUCUGCACCAGCUAACGCCGCGGCUUCUUCUCCACCAUCUGUCACCGCUGCUGUCUCUGCACCCGCUGACGCCGCCGCUGUCUCCGCACCUGCGGACGUGGUGGUAGCCUCUUCAGCCGCUGACAUCUCUGUAGCAGCACCAGUGGAUGCCUCUGCUGCCUCUGCCCCAGCGGAUGUCGCUGCUGUCUCUGCAUCAGCGGACGCCGCUGCCGUCUCAUUAGCACCUGACGCCACUGUAGCUUCUUCUCCUGCAGCCUCCGCUUCUGCACCAACUCAAGCUGCUGCUUUUCCUGCACCUAAUGACGUCGCUAUCCCCUCUUCAGCAGCUGACUCUGCACCAUCUAAUGCCGCAGUUGCCUCUGCAUCAGCCGACGAUGCCUCUGCCUCUAUACCUGUUGCCUCUGCACCAUCCGAACCCGCUGUUGCCUCUGCUCCCGCUGACGCCGCUGCUGCCUCUGGACCUGCUAACGGAGCUGGUGCCUCGGCAGCCGCUGAUGCCGCUAUACCAUCUUCACCAGCAGUCGGAGGCCCCUCUUCUUCAGCUAUCGCGGGUGUUGCGUCUGCACCAGCUGAUGCCUCUGCACAACUUGGCACAUCUGCACCAGUUAGCGCGCCAGUUGCUUCUUCACCAGAUAAUGCCGCUGUUGCCUCUGCAUCUGCAGACGCAACGGUUACUCUCGGACAAUCCGACGGUCUAUCCGUUUCUCCACCUGCCGUGUCUGUACCAGUCGGUACAGUAGUAUUGUCUUCAGCUGAUGUCUCUGCACCAUCUGAUGCCGCAUUAUCUGCAUCAGUCAAUGCUGUAUCUUCACCUGGGCCAAUCGGUUCUUCACCAACGUCUGCAGCUGCCAUUUCCUCUGAAGUUAUAGGUACUAAGUCGGUCGCCAACUCUGCAGCUCAAACCCCUGUUUCUGGUGAGCCUGUACAAUCCCCUGCUGCUCCUACUACGGCAGGAGAGAAUUCUGGAGGAAUUUUUGCUAGUUUUGCCAAUGUGUUGCCUGCUAUUGCUUCAUACAUUCCAUUUUCUCUACCCUCUUUCUCAUCAGCCAAUGAAGCCGCUUCUGUCGAACCAGCUCCCUCUCUGCCUUCUGCAGUGUUGUCGGUUCCUUCCCCCACCGCUUCUGAAGUCACCCUACCAAUUGCGACAAAUCCAGCUCCUGCACCAGCAGCCGGAGCUUCUCCCACUGUACGAAAUGCCGUCAACGCCAAACUGUCUGCGGUGGCCGCUGUGAAGGCCCAAGCAGCCCAGGCUGCUCAAGCAGCGAGUUCACAAGGAAUUGUUGCUGCCGACCAGGCGAGCUGGCAACAGUGGCAAGCUGGUCAGUCCUCCAUUGCUCAGGCGGUACAGGGGGUAGUAGACGCACAGAACCAGGCAUCGAACCAAGCAUCAUCAACUAUCGUUGCUUCUCAACAGGCGCUGGAGCAACAACAGACCGCCGAACAGGCACAAUCGGUUGUCGUCGAAGAAGUUGGAGCUGCGCCCGUUGGUGUUGGAACGCAGCAAACCGCCCAAGAAGCCCAAGUAGCGGGCCUACAGAGAGCCCAGAUUGCCAGAUUUGCCGGUCUGCAAAGAGCACAGGCAGCGCGAGAGCUAGCUUUGAAACAGGGAUCGGUAGGAACACAAGUCAUCCAAACUGCUCAAGAAGCGCAAGUUGCUGGAAUUCAGAGAGCACAAGCAGCCCAAGCUGCUGGCAUCCAGAGAGCACAAGCAUCUCAAGCAGCUGGUAUUCAGAGCGCACAAGCAUCUCAAGCAGCUGGUAUUCAGAGCGCACAAGUAGCUCAAGUUGCCGCCUCCCAGAGUUCACAGGUAAUUCAGACUGAAGGCAUUCAGAUUGCACAAGGUGCUGAAGCCUCUGGAAUUCAGAGAGCACAAGAAGCCCAAGCAGCUGGUAUCCAGAGGGCACAAGUAGCUCAAGCAGCUGCAAUUCAGAGAGCUCAACAAGCUCAAGGAGCUGGCGUCCAGUGGGCGCAACAAUUCCAAGCAGCCGGCAUCCAGAGAGCACAAGAAGCGAGAGCAUCUGGACUCCAGAGGGCACAAGUAGCCCAAGCAGUUGGCAUACAGAGAGCACAAGAAGCUCAAGCAGCUGGAAUCCAGAGUGCUCAACAAGCUCAAGUUGCUGGCGUCCAGUGGCCACAACUAUCCCAAAUUGCCGGCAUUCAGAGAGCACAAGAAGCGAGAGCAUUUGGACUGCAAAGGGCACAAGAAGCACAGGCUGCCGGUAUUCAGAGAGCACAAGAAGCUAGAGCAGCCGAACUCCAGAGAGCACAGCAAGCCCAAGCCUCUCAAGCUACAGGCAUCCACAGAGCAAUUGAAGCAAAUGCUGCCGGUCUCCAGAGGGCACAAGAGACCCAAGAUAUUGGCCUCCAGAGGGCUCUAGAAGCUAAAGCAGCGGGUCUCCAGAGGGCACAAGAAUCGCGCGAAGAGCGGCGGAAGCCGCACAGCGAGCCGAAGAAGAAAGAGCACAAGCCCUGCUCGCGGCCCAGCAACGGCGGGAAGAAGGCCUCCGACGAGCCGAAGAGGCCCGGCGGAUCGCUCUGCAAAGAGCGGCGCAGGCGAGACAAC